UUUUCCAACCCUAUCACCACGCGCGCAUCUCUCCUUCCGCUUCCCGAGCCGGCCGGCGGCGGCGCGCCGCCCCGCCGCCGCCGCUUCCCAUUGACCUCCGCCUGUACUCCCGCUCUCAUCUCCGCUGCUCUCCCCGCACGGCCCCCGCCCCAAUCUUCUGCUCGCCCCCGCGCCGCCUAUCGCCUGCAAGUUGGCUCGCCGCCACCCGCUCGACCACGCCCCCGACGACGAAGGCGCGGCGACCGCGACCUCGACCUCGACCGCCCUUGCUCUGGCGCCCUCCCUGGCUCGGCCCCCCGCGACCUCGACAGCGUCUCUUGCUGGCUUAUGGACAAGGCGGGUCCAAGAUGGAAGAAGGGCAAAGACGGCAAGGACUUUGCAGCUCUGGCAGCAGCUCACCCCAUGUCAAGCAUUGUUGCUGAGCUCCAGUCCUCGCUGAAAGGCUCGAAACUUGUGGCAACUUUAUCUAAUCAGGGCAGGGAUGCGACCCUCGGUGUGAAUCUGCAGCAAGCUACACUACUUAACCGUGCUGCCUUUGGCCGGGCGCUGGAUAAUGCCGAAGCAGGGAAACAGUGGUUCCAGCUGGGGGCUGAGGAGGUCUUCUAUCUUUACCAUGGUUUGAAGUGCAUCUCAGUGUCAGAGAGCAAGAAGCUGUUGAGUGAAGGGGAGCUGUGGGAUCACUUAUGCUCUGCAUCAGAGUCAUUUCCCGAGAUGUACAAGGCAUACUCGCAUCUCAGAUCGAAGAACUGGGUGGUGCGGUCAGGUUUGCAGUAUGGCGCAGAUUUUGUAGCUUACCGUCAUCAUCCAGCGCUCGUCCACUCAGAGUUUGCUGUGGUUGUAGUUCCAGAAGGAGUGGAGUUCGGCGGUAGGUGUGGCCGCCUCAAGGUGUGGUCUGACCUUCUGUGCGCACUCCGAGCCUCUGGCAGUGUGGCCAAGACAUUGCUGGUUCUGACAGUCUCCAGCAGUAUUUGUGAACUGAGCUCCCCAGACUGUUUAGAACAACUGGUUGUUCAUGAGAGAACAAUUACUAGGUGGAUAGCCCAGCAGUGCCGUGAGCAGCGAUGUGAACCGUCCAGAGAAGAACCAAAUAACGAAGAACAGGAUCACACAAGAGAAACAGUAGUUUUCAAUUAUUGGGGUGUAAUACUAGGCUUCACAGUUCUUUCUAGCUUACUUGUAUACAAGCUGAGAUUCUGACAAUAAAGCUAAAUAUUUCUCUGUA